AUGGUCUUUGAGAUCAUCUACGACGUAAACUACAUUGCGAGCGUCAUUGUCUCAAGGACCGCGGACGUGGGGUGCAGCGUUGGCAUCUACUUUAUGAUUGGCACACUUGGCGUGGUGAACUCCGUCAACCUCAUGCUUACCAUUGUGGUAGGCCUGAACCCCGUGAUGCUCAAACUGGAGCGCUGGUAUGUCGGCGUCAGCAUCUUUGUGGGACUCUUCGUGCCCAUUGUCCCGGCCGCGCUCGGCCACUUUGGAUGGGACCCGCUGUUAAACGUCUGCUGGAUCCGCGCCGACACUGACAAGGCAAGGAUGAGGAACUUUAUUCUCGACCUGUACCUGUGGCAAAUCCUGUCCUGCAUCAUCGCCACCGUGUCGGUCGCCGCGACGUUGAUAAAGCUGUUCCGGCAGGGCCGCGCCACCUCCCGGGCUCUGUUCGACGGCAACAGCAUCAACCUCGAGAUGAGCGCCGAGUCGCACGAGAUCAACUUGAAACCCAAGCAACGGAGCUUCCUUGCACGCAUCCUCCGCCGCCGACGUCAAUCUCACGACCGCGAGAACAUGUUCGGCCACCUCGAGGACAAGUUUGUCGGCAUUGCUCUGCGUAUUUCUCUCUACCCCAUCACUCUCAUCAUUGUCAACGGGCUCAUCACCAUUGGCGACCUCUACUUCUCGGCCAGCGGUGGCGUCAAAAACCAGGCUACCUACGGCCUCUACUGCGUCUACUAUUUCCUGUACGGCGGGCGUGGUAUCUUCUUUGCGGCGCUCGGUCUGUUUGUUGACCCUUGCAUUGGCCGCGGCCUCAAGGCGAUCUGGAAGACCAAGUACAGUAAAGAGGCGCGGGAAGCGCACCGGGAGAUGGAACCCAAAGUGGCCCUGGGAUCGGACGAGCUGCCCGUCAUCCACACACCACUGUCGUCUCGCGUCGACCCGCUCAACAUUGCUCACGAGGCUGGGCCCAAUGGCAGUCUCGUCGAGCGGGCCCAGCGGACCUUGAACGGCGGCGAGCUGGGCACCAACAACAGCAUGGGUCUUACCCAGCUGGAGCGACAAAACUCGGCGGCGUCGCUGGACAUGCUCACGGCCCUCUUCAUGAGCGAUCCUGACGACUACCAUGACCACUGGACGCAAGAGUUCCAUGCCGAGAGCGGCGAUGCUGGCCUGCGCAAGAAGCGCGCCAGCCGAAGAGCGCAUUCCCUCCCCACCCCCAGAUUCCACAUUCCUCGCCUGUUCGGACGCCGCAAGUCCGAGAUGGUCACGGCCGGCAGCGGUGACUGUGACCCAUCCCCCAAACCAACACCCGACGACAGCCAAGCCGCUGGCCCGACACCAGUGCCCAGCGACGGCCCGCCGACGCCCAUCCACGAGAUGCCCACGCCGCCCGGAUUCUCCAUGACGUUUGCGGGUGUGCCGACCGAUGCGCUCCCAGAUAUCAUGGACGACCACGCGCACGAUGUCGUCCUUCCCGAGGCGCUCGAGGCAGCGCAGGCCGCCGCGGCCUCGCACUCGGCGACACCGACGCCGCGCUUGGGCUCGAUCCGUUCCGGCCUGCAGUCGGGCCUCACGUCUGGCCAGCGUACACCCAUGGGCGGCACGCCGCCCGUCCGCCGCGGCUCGCUCGCCGAGUCGUCGGGCGUCUUGGGCCGCCGCGGUUCCAUGAUCGAGGCAUAUUCGGCACGACGCGGAAGCGUCGCCGCGCCACCAGGCUCCCUCCGUUCGUCUAUCAACAACGGCCGCCCAGGGCCCAGGCGCGGCGCGACGCUCCCGCCAGGUCUCCACCUGCGGGACAGCCUCGAAUCGCCCCGCUCACCGCGCGACGACAGGCGAGUGCGACGCGAGCGCGCGUUGGAGAUUGCCGAAAAGCUGUACGAGGAGAUGGAGGCGCAGCUCUGA